CCUCGUUCAUGACAUCGUGAAUCCUUGCGCCUUUCUAUAUUUCCUCGCAUUCGCACCUACCAAUCGCAUCGCAUAAACCAUCAUGCAUCCCCACUUACACCGUGAAGACAAUAAGGGUUGCGAAGAGAUCAUGAACGCGCUCGAAGAAUGCCACGCCAAAGGCUUCCUAUGGAAGUCCGUCGGCAUGUGCAACGACGUCAAGACGCAGGUGAACAAAUGUCUACGUGCGGAACGUCUGGACCGUACGGCCAAAAACCGCGAAAUCGCCAAGGCGAAGCGCCAGCAUAUGGAGAAGGUCUGGGCUGAGAUUGAUGCAAAUUCAUGAAAGGAGCAAGGAAGAAAAGGCAUUUUAUGGAGUUCGCAGGUCGAUGGGCGCUUGUCGGGACAGGAGGAAGGGUGGCGGACUGUAGGAUCUCCUUGGGGGGCGGGCUGUGAUAGGCUUCCUGGACUACGGACGAUUCAACAUUCGAUUGCACAAUGGGGUGGGCGCAUUGAUCUCGCCUCACUGGAACUCGAAGAUUCGGGUAUAUGAUUGGACAGUCCGCGUCGACAAUGGUCAGCGGACAAGCUCGCAAGAACCAGCACGGAAACGAUAAGUUCACAUGCUAACGAUCUUCUGGAGAUGGGUGGCGAAGCGAAUGUGCCAUUGGUCUGGUCGACUAUGCUAUGAUGCAUUGAUUCAUGUACAACAGCUGCAGUUGAUCGCAGUGCAAAGUUAUUUCAUGAUGUAUGAUUUUUUUCCAAGGGAAUGCGAGAUACAAAGGAUGUGUUAUUAAUUGAAUUUGUAUCAAAAUCAACACUCAAGUCCUGAUAUAACCGUAC